AUGGGCAAAUCUUCCAAAGACAAACGGGACGCAUACUACCGCCUGGCCAAAGAACAAGGAUGGCGUGCGCGUUCAGCGUUCAAACUCCUCCAACUGGACGAAGAAUUCAACCUCUUCGAAGGCGUAACGCGAGUAGUCGACCUCUGCGCCGCACCCGGGAGCUGGUCUCAAGUCCUCUCGCGAGUACUGAUCCAAGGCGAGCGAAUCGGUAGAGCGGCAUGGGAAGACAAACGCUACAAAGCAAUCCUCAGGCUCAGAGAGACUGGAGAAGCAGCGGAUUUACUACCCAGCAUCGAGACCGCAGAGCCACCGGCAGCCGAACCUCGAGAAGACGUGAAGAUAGUCGCCAUCGACUUGCAGCCCAUGUCGCCGCUGCAAGGCAUCACCUGUCUGAAAGCGGACAUUACCCACCCUUCUACGAUACCACUACUACUCAACGCGCUAGAUCCGGAGUACGAUCCUUCUUCCACGUCUGUUGAAGCUUCUCAUCCCGUCGACUUGGUCCUCUCGGACGGCGCACCUGAUGUCACGGGUCUACAUGACCUGGACAUCUACAUCCAAUCGCAACUACUCUGGGCUGCACUCAACCUGGCACUGUGCGUUCUCAAGCCCGGUGGGAGGUUCGUGGCGAAGAUCUUCAGGGGCAAGGAUGUUGAUAUCUUGUAUGCUCAGCUAAAGGUGGUGUUUGAGAGCGUGGUGGUUGCGAAGCCACGAAGCAGUAGGGCGAGCAGCGUGGAGGCGUUUAUCGUCUGCUCGAACUUCAGGCCACCUGCUGGCUUCAAAGCUAGUUUGGACAAUCCUCUGGGAGCUGGCCGCAAGCUGGACACCUUAGCAUCAGCAUCAUCGGGUUCAGUUGAGCUUUCAGGAACCCAUACGGAAGACGGCAUAACAGAGCUUGACGCCGUCCUCGAAGACCUGGACUUGAACAAGGAGGUCAGCGACACCCGCUGGAUCGCUCCCUUCCUAGCCUGUGGUGACCUAUCUGCUUUCGACGCGGAUGCAAGCCAUAAGCUUCCGGAAGGACAUAUCAGUCUCGACCCGGUGCAGCCGCCUACUGCGCCGCCAUAUCGGCAGGCGCUGGAGGAACGGAAGAAGAUGGGCGGUGCUUACGGGAAGACGAAGUUGGGAGAGGUGGGAUGA